AUAAUAUUAUCACAUCAAUCGAAAGGGAAGGUUCUUCUACGCGUAGCAGAGAAGAGAUUUUGAAGCGAUUGAUCGUUCUGAAUUCGAAUCUAUUCGGAAAAUGGAGAAGGUGAAGAAUAUUCUGAAGCCAAAGCCAAAUCCACAGCAAGAGUUGAGAGAUUGGCAGCGUAGGCUUCGCCAAGAGUGUCGGAACAUCGAGCGCCAAAUCCGCGAUAUACAGAGAGAAGAAAAAAAUGUACAGAAGGCGAUACGUGAAGCAGCCAAGAGGAACGACAUGGGCUCUGCAAAGGCACUAGCUAUGGAACUUGUGAGAUCUAGGAAAACAGUGAACCGUCUAUAUGAAAAUAAGGCACAAUUGAAUUCAAUAUCAAUGCACCUUGGAGAGAGUGUUGCAAUUGCUCGUACUGUAGGACAUUUAUCUAAAAGUGCCGAGGUUAUGAAGCUUGUCAAUAACCUCAUGAAGGCUCCUGAAAUGGCUGUGACAAUGCAACAGUUCAGCAAUGAAAUGACUAAGGCAGGAGUGAUUGAGGAAGUAGUAAAUGACGCUCUUGACACUGCACUAGAUUCUGAGGACAUAGAAGAUGAGAUAGAAGAAGAAGUUGAUAAGGUCUUAACUGCAAUAGCUGGUGAGACAGCCUCACAGCUUCCAGAAGCUGUCAGAAAAGAAAGGGUGAAGCAACCUGCACAAAGUGUCGGAUCCACAGAGGAGGAAGAGGCUAUAGCAGAGGGAGUUGAUGAUGAGGAAGAAAUGGAAGAAAUAAGGGCCCGACUUGCUAAAGUUAGGUCAUAAACACGGUUUUAGACUUUAGUCUUAACAGCCUCUAUCUUGUGCCCUGGUGUAUUGGUAGAGAGAGAUAUUGACAGGUUGGUAUUCUAUUUGUCGUAUUUUUGUUUCUAAUGGCAACCAAAAUUACUACCGGGAAAGAGAAUAGUGGGAUGGGCAGCAUCGUAUGUAAAUUACACUGAAGAUCUGGAAGUAGAUUUUCAAAGUCUAUAUAUAUGAUUAGGCGCUGAAGUUACUUCUGUAUUUCAUGCAUGGUUGGGAUUUGUUGAGUGUUCCAGAAUUGGAUAAAGCAAACAUGAGAUUAUUCCUUUUAUCCAUCUGGAUGCAUGGGAUAUUCAAUUAUUUAAAUUAAUGACCAACUUAUGGAA